AUGGCCCUUGUUAUUGGGUUUGUUGAUAGAAGUGGAUUUAUACGAGAACGAUUUUUGGAUAUAGUUCAUGUCAAAGAUACAACUGCUGCAACUCUUAAGGAAGAGAUUUCCUGUGUUUUAUCUCAUCACAAUCUUGAUGUUCAAAAUAUUAGGGGUCAAGGGUAUGAUGGUGCCAGUAAUAUGCGUGGAGAGUGGAAUGCUAGAGAAAUAUCUGAUGCUUUCCAAGCAGCUACAAUUGAACAUUUAGUUGAUAUUGGUGAGAUUGAAACGGGUAAAGGAGUUAAUCAAGUAGGUGGUUUGCAACGACCUGGAGAUAAUGGAUCUACUUAUUCUCAACGUGGUGAUGCGGCUUUUUCAUUUAAGUUGCUAAUGUCAUUUGAUUUUGCAUUCAUCUUACAUAUAAUGAAGGAUGUUAUGGGAAUUACUGAUAUGCUUUGCCAAGCCCUGCAACAAAAAUCUCAAGACAUUUUAAAUGCUAUGCAUUUGGUGACUACCACUAAGACUUUAAUUCAGAAGUUAAGAGAUGAUGGUUGGAAAACUCUUUUAGAAGAAGUGACAUCAUUUUGUAAGCAUCAAGACAUUGAAGUUCCUGAUAUGGAUGCUUGUUUUUCUAGUGUAGGAAGAUCUCGCCGUAAACAAAAAUCAGUAACAGUUGAACAUCACUACCGAGUUGAUAUAUUUACAGCUAUCAUUGAUCAACAAUUGCAAGAGCUAAAUAAUAGAUUCAAUGAGCAGGCGAUCGAGCUUCUUAAGUUGAGCACAACUUUAGAUCCUAGAAAUAGCUAUAAAUUAUUCAAUGUUAAAGAUAUAUGCUUACUUGUUGACAAGUUCUAUCCUCAAGAUUUUUCUAACCAAGAAAAAAUUCAUUUGAGACUUCAGUUGCAGCAUUAUGAGCUUGAUCAACUACUGAACGAACUUUCUCAGCGAUGA